GGACAAACCAGCUGCACCCACCUAGGUAGCGAGGAGUGAAGGACCCCUUGGCUCGUGCACCCAGUUGAAAAUUUUCAAAAUUUCCUGCGCACUCUCUUUUGCCGCCAGCCCCACGUUUUCGACCGCUUCAAAACCCAUCAUCCCGCCCUCUGAAAACUUGCCCUGUCUCGUGCAGUUGUCCAUCUCAAACCUCCCCCUUUCCCCUCUCCGACAACUUACAUUCUUCUCAUCCAAAAUGGCGGAAGAAGUUUACGACGGUGCCAUUGGCAUUGAUCUGGGUACCACCUACUCCUGCGUGGCCACCUACGAGGGCAGCAAUGUCGAGAUCAUCGCCAACGAGCAGGGCUCCUUCACCACGCCCUCAUUCGUGUCUUUCACGGCUGAGGAGCGGUUAAUCGGUGAGGCUGCCAAGAACCAGGCCGCCAUGAACCCCAUCAACACCGUCUUCGACGUCAAGCGAUUGAUCGGUCGCCGCUACGAUGACCCCACCGUCAAGAAGGACCAGGAGUCAUGGCCAUUCAAGGUCGUUGAUGACAACGGCAGCCCCAAGGUCGAGGUCGAGUACCUCGGCGAGACCAAGCAGUUCUCCCCCCAGGAGAUCUCUGCCAUGGUCCUGGUCAAGAUGAAGGAGAUUGCCGAGACCAAGCUGGGCAAGAAGGUCGAGAAGGCCGUCAUCACCGUCCCCGCCUACUUCAACGACAACCAGCGUCAGGCUACCAAGGACGCCGGUUCCAUCUCCGGCCUCAACGUCCUGCGUAUUAUCAACGAGCCCACCGCGGCCGCCAUUGCCUACGGUCUCGGCUCCAACAAGUCCAACAAGGAGCGCAACGUCCUGAUCUACGAUCUGGGUGGCGGUACCUUCGAUGUGUCCCUCCUGAACAUUCAAGGGGGCGUUUUUACGGUCAAGGCUACGGCGGGUGACACCCACUUGGGUGGUCAGGACUUUGACACCAACCUCCUCGACCACUGCAAGAAGGAGUUCAGCCGCAAGACCAAGAAGGAUCUUUCCGGCGAUGCCCGUGCUCUCCGUCGUCUCCGGACUGCUUGCGAGCGUGCCAAGCGUACCCUGUCCAGCGGUGCUCAGGCCACCAUUGAGAUUGACUCCCUGUUCGAUGGAGAGGAUUUCAACAUGCAGAUUACCCGUGCCCGUUUCGAGGACCUGAACGCCAAGGCCUUCGCUGGUACUCUUGAGCCCGUCGCUCAGGUUCUGAAGGAUGCCGCUCUGGAGAAGUCCGCCGUCGACGAGAUCGUCCUCGUCGGUGGCUCCACCCGUAUCCCCAAGAUCCAGAAGCUCCUCUCCGACUACUUUGACGGCAAGAAGCUUGAGAAGUCCAUCAACCCUGACGAGGCCGUCGCAUACGGUGCUGCCGUGCAGGCCGGUAUCCUCUCUGGCAAGGCCACUUCCGCCGACACCUCGGACCUCCUGCUCCUUGAUGUCUGCCCCCUCUCUCUGGGUGUCGAAAUGGAGGGUCGCAUCUUUGCGCCUGUCAUUCCUCGUGGUACUACCGUCCCCGCUCUUCGCAAGAGGACAUUUACCACUGUGUCGGACAUGCAACAAACUGUGAAUUUCCCUGUCUUUCAAGGAGAGCGAGUCUCCUGCGAGGACAACACAAGCUUGGGCGAGUUCACGCUUGCGCCGAUCCCGCCGAUGAAGGCUGGCGAGCCGGUUCUGGAGGUUGUGUUUGAGGUUGACGUGAACGGCAUCCUCAAGGUGACUGCGACGGAGAAGACGUCUGGGCGCAGCGCCAACAUCACGAUCUCCAACUCUGUGGGCAAGCUUUCCAGCACGGAGAUUGAGAACAUGAUCAGCGAGGCCGAGAAGUUCAAGAGCAACGACGAGGCGUUCAGCAAGCGGUUCGAGGCCAAGCAGCAGCUCGAGUCUUACAUCACGCGUGUGGAGGAGAUCGUGUCCGACCCCAGCCUGUCGCUGAAGCUCAAGCGUGGGCAGAAGGACAAGAUCGAGCAGACGCUGUCGGAGGCCAUGUCCGCUCUGGAGGUGGAGGAGUCUACUGCGGAGGAUCUGAAGAAGAAGGAGUUGGCUCUCAAGAGGCUGGUGACCAAGGCCAUGUCUGCUCGCUAGAUGCGUUGUUGAGGGUGGCGUUCCAUCAUGACAAAAGGUUUUCCCCAGUUUGGGUCUCACGUUUCUACGAUCAAGGUUAGGGCAAGGUUGGGUCUCGUGUUGCUGUGAACAAAGAUAGGGCAAGGAUAAACGUCCAACACAGCUACAAAAUGAAAAGUUUACUAUAAAUACCUCUUAAUUUUUAUAUAUUUAUACUUAGAAGUAAGUAUAAUAAUAGGUAAGAUUAUUAAAUAUUUUAUUUAAAAUUAUUUAAAUU